AUGGUACAGCUGGAGCAAAUGGCUGGCGUGCAGAACAUGCUUUCAUCGUCACAUGGUAUAGAAACAUUCGCUAUUUUUAACUAUGCUCGACUCAACUGGACUACUAGUAAUGAAGCUGGAGGUCUCAAUGGAUUCGGAGGGAAACAAGCGGCUGUCGCCGGAUUCAAAUUGCGUGAAACGGUACUGGCUGUACAAUCAACCGUACUUCCCGACACGUUAAUGAGACACUAA